AUGUUAGCUUAUAUUUUCGAGCGUUCUCAAAGACAACGACGACGGUGAAAAAGUGAGCUAUAUUCUAUUCUGGUCGGGAGAAAAAGGUCUGGAUAUAUACAACAGCUGGUCAUUCACAAAGGAGGAAGACAGAAAAAAGCUUGCCAUUAUCUUCAAACGGUUCGAGAAUCAACUGGAAGCGAAGACGAGUCAUCGAAUUCACAGAUAUAUCGAGAUAUACACUACAAGGAAUACGAAAAGAACAAGGCGAGCCAGUGGAUGGUUUUAUUUCAAGACUAAAUAUUUUAGCAGCAAAAUGUCAAUUUCGCGCCAACAUCGAAGUCGAAGAUAGAGUUUUAGAUCAGCUUAUUUGGUUGUCAAGAAAUCCUGAUAUUAAAAAAUCUCUCAUAAACCGAGAUAAAUCACUGACCUUGCAGCCGCUAUUGAGAUUGCAAGGAGCCACGAGGCGACGAGUGAACACAUGA